GUGUCUCCCCAGGUCGGGAAGGUCAAGAUGGCCAAACUCCUUCCCCUGAUUCUCGCCGGAAUUUUGACCACGGUGCUCCAUGAAGCCCAGGCGAACCUGCCUCCAGGCCCUGCUGUUGAUGUUUUUGUGACCCCCAAAGGCCCCAUGACAUCUUGCAAGAAAACCAAAAGGUCGGUCGUGUUCCAGUCCAUCAAGUCUAAGAAGGGGAUCGUGUAUAACCGCACAUACACUCACCCGGAGAUAUUGAAAUGCUUCGGAAGCUCCCAGUCGAGCGCGGCCACCUUCAGGGACUGCGUCAACGCUGCCGCUGUGGCCGGACACUCCACCCUGUCCUUCGAUGGUACCACCUGCUCCACCUACAACGCAACUGUCCCAAGUCAUGCAUGCGCCGACCAGAAGGCAGCAGCGGCAAACUACGUAGCCAUCUACCAGGCCAACCCAACUCUGGUCAAGCCAAAUUUCGGAAAUUUCAAAGUGUUGACGGUGGCUGCGACCCUGACGGCGAGUACGAAUAAUAACUUCGACGUGACGUGGACUUCAAACGAUGGUGGCUGCAACUACCCCGGCUUCAUCGUCAGCUUCUCCGGCCAGGAAAAGUACGUCGAAACCAAAACCAGGAGAAGUAAGACUUCGCCCCAGACGACGAUAGAGAACAUCCCAGGGUGCAGCACAAACGUCACCGUCUCUUUCGGUCUCCCCACCAGAGAGAAGUUCGGUACCACCGCUCAGACGUUGGCGACUACCAAGCCAGAACCACAGAGGAGCUGGCCGUUCAAUGUGAUGAUGGGAUACACAAUGGAAGCCAACUUGUUCCCGAACAAAACGAUCAUCGUAUCUUACGACGUAAGACUGUAA